AUGACGGAGCGGCGGAAGAUGCGCGAGAUAGCCGAGCUCCUGGAGGAGGCCGCGGAGCAGAACCCCAGCUUCUGGAGGGAGCUGCGCGAGGAGAUAGGGCGCGUCCGGAUGAACCGCGACGGGCCCCCGGCGCGGGCCGACCCCGCGCCGGCCGAGCCGGCCGUGCAAGCGGACGCGCCGGCGGGGGAGUCGCGCCCGGCCCAGGAUGCCGAGCCGGCCGCCGUACGGGCGGACGCGCCGGCGGAGGAGCCGCGACCCGUCCGGGAUGCCGAGCCGGCCGCUGCGCCCGACCAGCCGCGGGAGGACAGGGGCCACGUCGAGGCGAGGGCGCACAGCCCUGAAUGGGCCCGCCGCCCCUACCAGGGGUGCUGGAAUUGCGAGGCGCGCGGGCACUAUUACAAUUUUCCGGCGCGAGUCGCCGAAGAAGGAGCCUCCGAGCGCCAGUCGCCCAAGGACAUCCCACGAGAGCGCAAGACGCCCAACGCAAGAAGCGCCAGCCGCUCCACCAGGCGUCAACCGCCUUCCUCCGAGCGCCAGUCGCUCCUACGGACGCCAGUCGCCCUCCGGGAAGCGCCAGCCGCUUCACCAGGCGUCAACCGCCUUCUUCCGAGCGCCAGUCGCUCCACCAGGCAUCGACCGCUUUCCUCCGAGCGCCAGUCGCUCCUACGGUCGUCAGUCACCCUCCGGGAAGCGCCAGUCGCUUCACCAGGCGUCAACCGCCUUCCUCCUGAGCGCCAGCCGCUCCUUCAGGCGCCAGUCGCCGUCCGGGAAGCGUCAACCGCUUCACCAGAGCGCCAGCAGCUUUUUCCAGCGCCAGCCGCUGCACCGGGCGCUAGUCGUCUCCUUCAGGCGCUUGACAGGACGCAGCCGCUGCCCGUACACCUCCAGACCAAGCGUCCCAAGGCGGAUGCACCCACGGACUGUCGGCCAGGCACACCGGAACCGGACCCGCAGCGAGAUCAACCGGAACGACCCAGGACACCGAGGGUGUGCUUAGUCGUGAGCGACGACUCCGACCACGGGAGCACACCUCGUCGAGCGUACCUCGCCGACGCAGUAACGCAGACAAAACGGAAGACUUUUCGGGACGCGGCAACUCAAACAAAGUUCAAGGGUGGUCGACACCCAGCGUGUAAGAACCACAAAUAA